AAAAUCAACAUUUCUGUUUCCAAUGACGUAAUUGUUUUAUUUUGUAUGUAAAUAAACACCUCGUGUUGGGAAAGCAUACUAUUAGGGGGAUGCACACAUUACUCCGAGAGUCGAAAGUAUAUAUAGCUAAUAAUGCCUACAUCCUCAUAACGGGGUAUCGGUUAUGUUUAGCUUUGAUUCAGAUUUACCAACAUGAGACAGGUCCGUUGCUGUAAAAUAUAGAUACAGUCACCUUUCAUCACGCGUCUUUGAUUUACGUACGGUGUAUACAAUGCUUUGCUUUUUACGAUUUGCCUGUUAUUGAUUUCAGACAGUGAUAUAUCGAGCUGUAGGUACAUAUGUAUGUUGUUUACCUGUGUUAUUAUCAGGUACAAUCCGAUAUGAUUCACCGUAAAAUGCAUCUUGUGACCAGUUUGUACAGCAGCACUGUCGAUUUAAAUACAUGUUAUGUCAAGUGUUGUUAACAGAUUGGAUUGCAUAAGAUGCACGAAAUGACACAGCCUUCUGACGCAAACGUUGAAGAGUAACUCAGGCUAUUUGAUGCACCAUGGCCACUGUGAAGGAUACCGCUAACCACGUGAAUAACUUCUCGGACUAUAUACGGACUUCCUUCUCAGAGUUUCUGAAACUGCAGCCAACGCUUCAUAGGGACGAUGUUGAUCGUGUACUCCACGAACCCGCCAUCGUGAAGUACUACAGACCAACCAAUCAGCCAUGGCGGUACUACCUGAUCAGUCUCUUCCAGAUUCACAACGAGACCGGCAAUGUAUGGACUCAUCUGAUUGGCUUUAUUAUUAUGUGGUGUAUUUUAGGAGUACUAUCUGCUGAGUAUGACGUGUGGACGGAACGCCAUUCGUGGCCUAUGUUGGUAUUUGGAUUGUGUUGUGUAAUAUCUACAAUGACUAGCACAUGCGUACACCUGCUUCACUCCCGAUCUGUAUAUCAUCACUACAGUCUGUUUAUGAUUGACUAUAUUGGGGCCACUUUAUAUUCAUUUGGCUCCGGCAUACAGGCGUUUUACGCAUGCUCUGACAAAGAAAUGUACGAGUACCUCGGAAGGAUGUACCUACCGACACUGACAUUUGUGACAUGGCUCAAUUUUGUUGUGCUAUGUCUUUCGAAACUGAUGUUCGGUCAUAACCCAUGUGACGUCAGAAGGAAGCUCAUGAUGAUCUCCAUGAUGACAGUUCAGGCCACCAUCGUCACACUUCCGUUUGGACCUCGUUAUUACCGGUGCUACUUCAGCGACACGUGCUCUUUCUCUUCUCUCAAUCACUUAACAAUUAGCUGGAUAUUUUUCGUCUCCUCCGCUUUUUUCUUUGGAAGCCAUUUACCCGAAAAACUGUUUCCGGGUAAAUGUGAUAUCUUUGGUCAAGGUCACCAGAUUUUCCACGUGAUCAGUGUUGUCAAUCAAAUGUGGCAAUUCCAUUCCAUGCGUCUAGACCUAUCGACUGGAGCUUCAGAUCACACAGAACCUGAUUUUUUGGUCAUCAUGGCGGCAUUAUCGGUUCUUGUUCUUGUGGACACCAUAUGUUAUGUGUUUCUUAAAAGGCGAAUUCCUUCAGUUGCCAAGGAAGAAAAACAAUCCUAAUUAAAUAGUAGCUUUUUGGUGCUAUUUUUUGUUGUGUCGACAAUAUUUUAAGUAAAACAUAUACUGCAUCAAAAAAGAAACACUCAGAUAAAUAGUUACGUGUAUUUAUCCACAGACCAAAUUGAAAAUGGUUUUCAAAAGACAAUAAGCAUUUCGUCAAAAUCUUCUGUAGUGCUUAAGUAACUCUCUAAUAUACAAGAGAAGACACGAAAGAAAGAAAACAGUUUAAAAUACCCGAAGUGUCCCCACAGGCUCUAAUGUCUGCUCGUUAAAAUUGUACAUGAAGCUAUUCAGAACAUGACUUUUUAUUAUAAUGUUUAAGAAAAGAUGAAGCGGUACUAUAGGCUGGCGGGGGUAGUCUUAAAUUUCGAGGGACCCUCGCUGCAAAUUGCAUUGCAUUGGUUUCAGAAACAGCAGAAUGUUGGAGGGUAAAGUUUGGUUGCGACAGCACGCCGCCAUAAGCUUGCGAUUGAAGGCUAUCAUAGGGAUCUUAACACAAUUUGAUAUAAUUCACGUGAUUGAUCCAGCCCAAAAUCAGUUUAACUUAACACAUCCGUCAAUGAAAAACUAACUUUCGGGCCCUCAAUUAGCUUCGACUUCCUCGACUUCAGAACAGCAAUAGUUCCUACUGUUUCUAUUGCCGUCAAAAGAAAACCCUGAUGCACAAGUCGUAUAAUGUUUUAAUGAAGUGACACGGUCACUCAUUGUCGACCAAUUGCGCAAACAAUGAUAGCAGUGGCCAAUGAUCGCAUAACAAAAUAUUGCCAAAAAUGUCUUGCAAAAUCAUUGGAAUUGUCUGUCUCCUUUGAUGUUUUAUAAGCUCUUGUAUUAUAUUUGUUUGAUAAAAGCGUAUGAAACGUUGUGUUCGCCGUUAGCAUUACCGAGUGUGUGAGAAAUUACUCUCGGAUAUCGCUGAUAAUGCUUGUAAAACACUACCCCUGUAGAGUCAAUAUUUAUAUUAGUGUAUUAAGCAAGGUACUCCGGUGUUUUAGUUUUAUGUUUCCCUUUUGGAUCAGUAUAUCUUGAUAUAUAUAAACAUUGGUGCGAUUAUGUAAACACUGUUCUUUGUAAAAAUAUACCUUUAAUUAAUUAAUUUAUUUUUUCAAACAUAUAUGGAAAAUGUAUUUUUUUUGAUUGUUGACCAUCAUACUGACUUCCGUAAAGAAGUGCUUUUUAUAUAUACAGACAUAUAGACUAUAAAUGGAGGACUGCCACAUAAAAUAUCCUUUUCAGGAUGAUAUACAAUUACUAUGUUAAGAUUAGGAUGUGUAUACGUUUAUAUUUGCACAAGUCAUGGCUGCACUGAGUAAGAUAUACAAGGUAGUUAAUAAUAGAUUUACUCAGUACGACAAAAUACAUCAAAAUGUAUUUCAUAUACGACUUUUGUAAACUGAUUUCUCUUUUAAAUGUGUUUUAUUGAUGACUUGAUGACUGCAUACGAUAAAA